UUAAAGUUUAGUUUUUUAAGUCUAACGUCACUUGAAGAGCUGCCAAGCUCUCGCAUCAGCUCUGCUCUUCUCAUUCAGAUUCGCCGAUGCACAAAUGUGUUCACUUACUAUGGACGGAUUCGACGAAGAAACUUUUAAAAAGUUUUUCCCUAGUGGCUUCGGGAAGCAAGAUAAGUCAACUAAUGUAGAAGCGCAGAUUGAACGGACAAAACGAGGUGAAGCGAAAUCAAAAUCGCCAUCCAAAUUCGAGGAUAAACCUCGGGAAGCCGAUGAUGUUGAAGUCGAAGAAAAAGAACAGGGAACAACCCCUAUGAUUUCAAACGCUGAUUCAAUGUCAAAUGAAAAGUCAGAUUCAGAUUCAGACGACUCGGACGAUUCGGAUGAAGAUGAAUUUCCAACAUCCCACGAACUUACUUUCAAGACACAUGAGCGCGCGGUGACGACAGUAACCCUUGAUCCCUCCGGGUCGCGAAUGAUAACUGGCUCCACAGACUGCACGAUAAAACUACAUGAUUUUGCCUCGAUGACACCGACCACUCUCCGUGCAUUCAAAUCAGUCGAACCGUCAGCAAAAAAGCAGUCCGCAGCAUCGGAAAUCCACCCUGUCCACGCCGUACGAUUCAACCAUUUGUACCCAAGCCAGGUUCUAGUCAUAUCCGCAACGCCUCAAGCGAAAAUAUUCGACCGCGAUGGCGACAUGAUUACGGAGUUUGUUAAGGGGGAUAUGUACCUUCGGGAUAUGCGCAAUACUAAAGGCCACAUCUCUGAGAUCACAAGCGGCACAUGGAGCCCUACGGACUAUAAUUUAUGUGUUACGGCGGGAACUGAUAGCACAUUAAGGAUAUGGGACGUGAAUGUGGGGAGGUCACAAAAAGACGUUAUUGUUCACCAGUCAAGGGCGGCUGGGUGUGCGGGCAGGACACGGAUGACUGCGGUGGCUUGGGGUACUCCCGCCCAAGGAGGCAAAAAUAUUCUCGUUGCGAGUGCUCUCGAUGGGAGCCUGGUGAUGUGGGGAGGCGACGGUCCAUUUCUGAGACCAAGCGCUCAAAUUCAAGGAGCACAUACUAAAGAUACUUGGACAAGCGGUCUUGAUAUUAGCCCCGAUGGCAGACUAGUUGUCACCCGGGGAGGGGAUGAUACUAUCAAGCUAUGGGAUACGAGAAAAUUCAAAACCCCCAUCACAACCGUACCCCAUACUUCUGGGUCCAAGUAUUCUCAGAACGCAAAUAUCAUGUUUUCUCCCAGCGGAGCGAAUGUCAUCACCGGCAGCGAAACUGGAGACCUCCAUAUCCUGAAUCCUGCGACCUUAAAGCCCGAGCUUUCCACGUCAGUCACGCCAGGGUCUCCCAUUAUUGCUGUGCUUUGGCACGAGAAACUGAACCAGAUAAUUGCGGGCUCUGCAAACGGGGAAACGCAUGUGCUAUAUAACCCAUCAAUGUCUCGGAACGGUGCCGUCCUUGUCAUGUCCAAAGCGCCGAAACGGAGGCACGUCGACGACGAUCCAAACUUUACUACAGAUUUAUCCCUUGGUCUAUCCGCAGAUAGCACUACGGGCCAAAUCGUUUCAGGUGCUUCUUUCUCCAGCCGACAUCCAACAAUCGGACUCACUGCCUCGGGCCGACCGCGAGACCCACGUAGACCUCACCUACCCAACAAAACUCCCUUUGCGCAGAGCCAGCCGGACGAGAAGCAUAUCAAGGAAAACAUCCCGCUUAGCUCUAUGAGAGAUGAGGACCCACGGGCGGCACUACUUAAAUAUGCAGAACAGGCGGAGAAAGAGCCUGUAUUUACAAAAGUAUGGAAGCAAACCCAACCCAACCCUAUCUUUGCAGAGUUGAGUGAAGAGGAAACCGAAGGGGAGAAGCCGGAGCGGAAACGGGUGAAGCGGGAUUAGAAUUUGACAACUUUGGCUCUAUUUCUUUAUAUACGGUAUCCUUUUUUACUUCUUUCGUUUUAGAGCAUACGGAUAUUGAUGGCGACAGGCGUUUGAUGCAAAUUGUUUAAUGAUAAUAAACGUAUGUACUAGUUUGGUGUGUCGGAUUCGACUUGUCAGUAGACGGUUUCCGUCUGUACAUGUACAUCAUUUUAUGGAUUAAUUUGGAAUCAAGAGAUAUCCGCAUCAAUGAAAAAUAUAAAAAAAAUAUUAUUUUUGUUAAGUCCAG